AUGCAAGUUCGUUGGACGGCAGUUCGGUUUCUCCUGCUUCUAAUGGUGGCAGCCAUACGGGCCAACAUGGACGGAUUCGGAAGUUGCGGGCCCUACGAGUGCCGUCUGAGCAACCCGAUCUGCCGUUGCGAGUCCUUCUGCCAGGAGUUCAGUCAGCGGUGCUGGAAAAACCCAUCCGGAUGCCAUUGUGCGAGGGGAUAUGCCCGUGACGAACAAGGACACUGUGUGCCCCUCAUUUUGUGCCCCUGAUUAACCAUCAAUGGUCACUACUAAUCAAAUAUCAACUUAAAAUUCAUAAAAUCAAAAUCAGCAUGCAAAAUAAAUACAGCAGACACAUUUUUAACGAGGAAAAAAUGGUACUAAAAUUGAUCGGGCGUAUAAUUAAAUUUCAACUAA